UUCAACUUAUAAAAGACAAUGAAUACUGAUGAAGGUGCCAAAAACAAUGGAGAAAACCCAGCAGCAGCUGUUGCUGAACAGGGAGAGGAUAUUACAUCUAAAAAAAAUAGAGGAGUAUUAAAGAUUGUCAAAAGAGUGGGGAAUAGUGAGGAAACACCAAUGAUCGGAGAUAAAGUUUAUGUCCAUUACAAUGGAAAAUUGUCAAAUGGAAAGAAGUUUGAUUCCAGUCAUGAUAGAAAUGAAACAUUUGUCUUUAAUCUUGGCAAAGGUCAAGUUAUCAAGGCAUGGGACAUUGGAGUGGCUACCAUGAAGAAAGGAGAGAUGUGUCAUUUACUGUGCAAGCCAGAAUAUGCAUAUGGCUCGGCUGGCAGUGUCCCCAAAAUUCCCUCAAAUGCAACUCUCUUUUUUGAGAUUGAGCUCCUUGAUUUCAAAGGAGAGGAUUUAUUUGAAGAUGGAGGCAUUAUCCGAAGAAUCAAGCAGAAAGGAGAAGAGGGAGCCACAGUAGAAAUCCACCUGGAAGGCCGCUGUGGUGAAAGGAUAUUUGAUUGUAGAGAUGUGGUUUUCAUUGUUGGCAAAGGAGAAGACCACGACAUUCCAAUUGGAAUUGACAAAGCCCUGGAGAAAAUGCAGUGGGAAGAACAAUGUAUUUUAUGUCUUGGACCACGAUAUGGUUUUGGAGAGGCAGGGAAGCCUAAAUUUGGCAUUGAACCUAAUGCUGAGCUUAUAUAUGAAGUUACACUUAAGAGCUUCGAAAAUGCCAAAGAAUCCUGGGAGAUGGAUACCAAAGAAAAAUUGGAGCAGGCUGCCAUAGUCAAGGAGAAGGGAACUGUGUACUUCAAGGGAGGCAAGUACCUGCAGGUGGUCAUUCAGUAUGGGAAGAUAGUGUCCUGGCUCCAGAUGGAAUACGGCCUGUCCGAAAAGGAAUCGAAAGCUUCCGAAUCGUUCCUGCUCGCUGCCUUCCUGAACCUGGCCAUGUGCUACCUGAAGCUCCGAGAAUACACCAAAGUUGUGGAAUGCUGCGAUAAGGCCCUGGGGCUAGACAGUGCCAAUGAUAAGGGCUUGUACCAGAGGGGUGAAGCCCAGCUACUCAUGAACGAGUUCGAAUCAGCCAAGGGCGACUUCGAGAAGGUGCUGGCAGUCAACCCCUAGAACAAGGUCGUACAGCUGCAGAUCUCCAUGUGCCAGAAAAAGGUGAAGGAGCACAACGAGCGAGACCACAGAAUCUACACCAACAUGUUCACCAAGUUUGCAGAGCAGGAUGCCAAGGAAGAGGCCAGUAAAGCAAUGGGCCAGAAGACUUUAGGAGGGGUCACCAAUGAAAAAGAAACAGGAAGUCAAGCAGUGGAAGAAGAGAGAGCCAGAGGCCAUGUAUGACACCAGGCAAAGGAGGGAAGAGCCUCUGAACUCGGCCCUCCUCCACGGGCUUUCCCCAACUCAGGACUCAGCAGUGUUCAAUGUCAAGUUCAUCAUAGUCUCUGUGAUUCUGGAAGCAAAUGGCAAACACAGUAGCUUCCCCCAAACCACAACCUGCUGCUGCCCAGCGCUCUCAUUGAGGGGUGGCGUGGGACCACUCCGGGGGGACAACAGAUGGCUGUAGGCGUGGAGACAGCCAACUGUGCAAGUCCAGCUGAUUUCAGUUGAUGUCAACUUUCACUGCCCAAUUCAGGGUCCCUUGAGAUAAUCCUAACAAUUUGGGGCUGUCUGUUAGGUUUU